GAGAGGAGAGCGGCGGCGGUGUCUCAGCGUUUUCACUGUAACAUUACUGUAUGAGAGACUGGACCGACUAACAACGCCUGCUACAAGGUGUAGCACAUUAUAGAGACGUGUUUGUAAUUAUAUAUUUUUAUUUUUAUUUGGCGGGGUGCUCGAGCUCGUCACAAUGACAGUCCUGUCGCUGCUUUUGAUGGCCGUGUCGGCCGCAUCUGUACUGGCCGAGUCCACUGUGUAUUUGCGAGAGCAAUUUGAAGAUGGGGAUGCCUGGAAGAGUCGCUGGGUGGAAUCCAAGCACAAGUCAGACUACGGCAAGUGGGUCCUGUCUGCAGGGAAGUUCUACGGAGACGCAGAGAAAGACAAAGGUCUGCAGACCAGCCAGGAUGCCCGCUUCUACGCCUUGUCGUCCCGUUUCGAUGACUUCAGCAACCAGGGCGAGACUCUGGUCAUCCAGUUCACUGUGAAACAUGAGCAGAGCAUUGACUGUGGUGGAGGCUACAUCAAACUGUUUCCCUCUGGCCUCAACCAGGAGGACAUGCACGGAGACUCCGUCUACAACAUCAUGUUUGGUCCUGAUAUUUGCGGCCCCGGCACAAAGAAGGUUCACGUCAUCUUCAACUACAAAGGCAAGAACCAUCUGAUAAACAAGGACAUCAGGUGCAAGGAUGAUGAGUACACCCACUUGUACACACUGAUUGUGAACCCUGACAACACUUACGAGGUCAAGAUCGACAAUAAGAAGGUCGAGUCUGGCAGUCUGGAGGAUGACUGGGACUUCCUGCCUCCCAAAAAAGUUAAGGACCCUGAAGCAAAAAAGCCAGAGGACUGGGACGACAGGGAGAAGAUUCCUGACCCUGAUGAUAAGAAACCAGAGGACUGGGACAAGCCUGAAAACAUCCCAGAUCCCGACGCAAAGAAGCCUGAUGACUGGGAUGAAGAGAUGGACGGAGAGUGGGAGCCACCUAUGGUUGCUAACCCUGAUUACAAGGGUGAGUGGAAGCCAAGAGAGAUCGACAAUCCUGCCUACAAGGGCAAGUGGAUCCACCCUGAGAUUGACAACCCAGAGUACACAGCCGAUUCUGAGAUCUAUAAAUACGACAGCAUCGGCGUGAUUGGACUUGACUUGUGGCAGGUCAAGUCUGGCACCAUCUUUGAUAACUUCCUGAUCACCAACGACCCAAACCUGGCAGAGGAAGUAGGCAACGACACAUGGGGUAAAACUAAGGAUGCAGAGAAGAAGAUGAAAGAAAGCCAAGAGGAGGAGGAGAGAAAGAAACGCGAGGAAGAGGACAGCCAGAGGAGAGAGGACGCAAAGGAGGAGGACGAGGAGGAAGAGGAGGAGAAAGACGAGGAGGAGGAAGACGAAGAGGAGGAGGAGGAGGAGGAGGAGGGCGAGGAGCAGGAGGAGGAAGAAGAGGACGAGGAAGGCACAGACUCUAAACUCAAGGAUGAGUUAUAAACUCGGUGCAGGAACUGACUGUCUGUGUCAAUGAGCCAUUGGAACGAGGCUGGAGACUGACGAGAUGAUAGCCCCUCAUGACAGACACCCUGGGGUGGGGCUGGGUGGGGUGGGGUUUUCAUUUGUUUGUUUACAAAGCGAGGGAGAAGGCGAAAAAGGGCAAUUAUUCUCUUUCCUGUUUCCAUGUGCUACUACUACUACUACUACUACUAUUAUUAUAAUAUUAAACGAGGAAUAGUAAUAGAAGGAAGGAAGAUGUCAUAACGAAUGUCGAGACAGGAAGUCAAUCACCUAAAUUGUUUCGCAGUUGAUACCCAACAGAAAUAUAUAAACUGUCAUUGGUGUUCUUUGAAAAUCUGGGUUUUUAUGAAGUAAUGUUGUGAGAUGAGAAGCUAUAUUUGGUAUGUGGAUGAUACCAUGAAAUUGUUUGGUUUACCUCAUGUGUUGUUUGUCUUAUUAAUCUGUUGGUUUUUUGUUAAUCUUUUGCAGUUGGUCACUCUGUCACAUGGUCCCCUUUAACGACCUCGUCGACCUCAAAAGAUUCGACAGGGUCAGACUUCAUUUUGCAGGUUAUAUUGCCUGUUAUUCAAAGGUCUUGAUUUGAACAAGGGUUAAUGUCAUGGGGACAAGAGUGCGUAAAAAAAGCUGUCGUCCGUAGGAUAAUACGGGGUGCUUUAAGAUGAAAUCCCUCGCAUAGUUUUGUACUGUAUAGUUAACACUUUUUCACUUCAAUGCACAUACUGUAGUCUCGUGUGUCUAAAGAAACAGUGCUCAAACUCAGAUGUACAUUGAGAGCACUCUAGUAGCAGGAAAAGCCUCUGUUCAUCCGGUAGGUGCUCACUUUACGUUUCCUCAUAGUCGGUGUACACAACCAGUUCUCCUCAUUUCUGAUGCUAAUAUCUCUGCACUGCUGUACCCCAACACACUGUCCCCAACAGUCUGAGAGAUGACCCUUUUGUAAAAGACAUAUUUUGUACUAAUGGUAGUAACUGAAGUGGGAAGAUUUUCAUGUUGCUGUGUAAAAAAAAAAGAAAACAAAGACAGGUGUUCUGUCCAAUAAAAUCAACCAGUAGAAAAUGA